AGAGAGAGAGAGAGAGAGAGAGAGAGAGAGAAGAGAGAGAGAGAGAGAGAGAAGAGAGAGAGAGAGAGAGAGAGAGAGAGAGAGAGAGAGAGGAGAGAGAGAAGAGAGAGAGAGAGA